AUGCUUCUCCCAUCUGCUAUUCCAUGCGAUGUGCGCCGGUCGUCUCGCUUCACGCCAAGCCGUCUUUUCUCAACCCCCCCUCCCUCUGAAAGGAGUCUAUCUUCUGGCAAUGGUCUCCUCGGCACAUGCCGCGCAUUACAAUCUCUUCUAAACGGGUCUCCCGCGCCAUCAGCGCGCCGACCCAAGGCCCAACGCCUUCAAAGUCCACUCCCAAUCAACCCGCCGCGUCGCUCCCCACGCACGCGCAGCAAGGUCGCAAGACCUGCAUCUCCUCGCCCAACACCACCACCCACCACACUCGCUUCUACACCCCCACCACCUCCAUCCGCACCCGCGCGCGGCGCAAACAAGCGCCGCCGAUCAAUCUACGAAGAUGACAGCGACGCAGACAUGACCUGCAGCCGCAACCGUCUCUCUACGCCUAAACGCCAGCGCAAUGUACCAUAUGAUCUGCCGCUAGGCCUCUCCUCAACAGACUUCUAUUCCCUACACUCUCCACCAGUCACUCAAUCUCCUCCUUCUCCUGCACAGCGUCGCAUUGACAUCUGUAUCCAACAAUCAAAUACAUCUCUCGACCCCGAUGCACCCUUGCCUUCAAUUGAAGAAUCGCAAGAGCCCACUACCUCACCAUCCGAUGAAUGGACGGUAGAAGAAGAUCAACAACUCAUGGAUUUGGUCCUUGAGAAGUUCCGACUCUCCCAGCAAGAAUGGGAUGAGUGUGCGCGCAGAAUGGGGCGCCGCAACCACACAGCUGUAGGCCAACGAUGGAAUUCCCUCAUUGGAAAGGGUCGUGUUGGUCUCUGUCCAGCACGUCGAUAA